AUGUCUGAAAAUCAUGAAGGAAAUCUCGGUCUUAUCAGUGGAAAAAGUUCAAGGUUUAAGUUGUGGGUUCUAGAAGAUGUUGAGAAACAGGAAUGGUCUGAGCGUGUUUAUGUAUUGCCUGCUGAGUGGAAGAAUAUAGUUGGGGAACAGUACGUGCUAAAAUUUGUUGGUUUGUCGCGGACAAACGAGAUUGUGUUGUCUUCGUGGUACUCAGUUAAACCUUUCUUCCUCUUCUACUUCAGUCCCGAGAGGAACACUGUCGUAAGAGUUGAAAUUGAAGGAGUGGACAUGGAUGGGUCCAAGUUUGCUGUACUUCAACCCUUUCUAGACCAUGUUGAGGAUGUGAAGCUCUAUGGAAAGGUGCAUUAG